AUGGCGGGCGUGUCCCCUGUGCCCUGUCCCGUGACCUUGGGCUCCGUCAGAACCGGAGGUGCGGCGUCUCGGCUCCACCGAUUCACCCGCGAGAAAAACCUGCACGAAGCAGAGAAACUCCUCAAGCAAGGUGUGGACGUGGACGGUGUAAAUGAUUUGGGCCAGACGUCCCUGUUCUGCGCGUCUCUGCUGGGCUUCACCGCUUCGGCCAAGCUGCUUCUCCUGUACGGAGCCGAUCCCAAUCACCGCUGUGAUGACUGGAGCACUCCGGUCCAUGCCGCGGUGUUCUCGUGUGACACACGGCUCCUGAGCGAGCUGCUGGAGGCAGGGGGAGAUCUGCGUCUUCACGACCAUCAGGGCAGGACGCCGAGAGACUGGGCUGAGAUCGGCGCUCAGCAGCACAGCUCUAAGAUGGUGGGUUUUAUUAAGAGCUGCACAUCUGCCAUGAGGAGUCUGUCUGUGUCGCAGUCGUCCACAGACAGACGCGGCUCUCCGACUUCCCCUAAGUCUUUCCUGCGCUCUCCAUCUCUCCUGGGCUUCUUCAGACCGGACUCUGAUGGGGGUUUGAAGAGCAAACUAACUACAAAGUCACCUUUAGCUGACACAGUCCAGUGUUUCGGCUUUGGAAAGCUGUGUGUGGAGAAGCCCGGCACGCCUGUAGGUGUGCUCUCCUCUGUGCCCUUAACAUCUGACCCUGAGCUGUAUCAGACUGAAGAAGAAGCUCUCCACUCCUUCUCCAGUGGAACCUUCAUCAGGAUGACCAACUGCUGCUGGAGAGGAGGAAUCCGUGUCACGGUGAGGGAGCUGCAGAUCGGCGACACGCACCAACACGCGGAGCGUCACGCCUACCUCGACCUCAUCACCACCGAGCUCGGCUUCUGCAGUCGGCUGUCCCACCCCCACCUCCUUCAGCUGAUGGCUGUCAGCAUCGCUAAUGACCUGAAACAAAACAAACUGGUGUAUGAGCGAGUGCAUGUGGGCUCUCUGUACAGCCUGCUUUACCACCGGCGAUUGGAGUUCCAUGUUCUACAGGUGGAGGAGAGGUUGUUGCUGAUCCUCCAGGUGUGUGAAGCUCUGUCCUACCUGCACAGCCAGUGUCUGGUGCUGCGCUCCCUGUCCUCUCACUCCGUCCUCCUCGUCCACCCCGGAGUUGCUAAGAUCACCGACCUCGGCUUCAUAGUACCCAGUGACUACAGUCCUUCCUCCGCUCCACCCGUCCCUGUGACGCUCUAUAACUGGGCGGCUCCUGAAGUGAUCAGGGGGAGAUCGUGCAAAGAAAAAGCUGAUCUCUACAGCACCUCUGCUCUUAUACAGGAGCUUUACACCGAUUCGGUUCCUUGGGGUUCUGUGGAUCCACGUGUGAUAAGGCACGCUGUAUGCGCAGGUGAGGCUCUAGCUGUCGACCCGGCAGUACCACAGCCAUAUCACGACCUGCUGAGGAUCGGACUGAAGCCUAGACCUCAGGACAGAACCUGCAGCCUCCUGGAACUGCGUCACACACUGCGCUCCGACCUCAGGGAGCUGAGGGAGAGAGAGAGGAGGAGGAGUGAGGUGCGCCCCCUACUGGCCAGGUCAAGCCCAGAUGACACAUUCCCAGACACGCCUUCUGAAAAGCUCCUCCAUAACAUGUGGCGCCUGUCGCCCCGCCCUCCUGAGAUGAAAGAGUGUCAUUUGGCGACCCAGUCUUCCGUCUGCGACUACAUCAGCUCCAUCGCCGUCAACCUGAAAGUGUGUCAGUAUCUGCUAAAGGAGGUGGAGAGCAGCUUAGAGCGCUCUCAGUCCAAAGUAAUGGUGCAGCAGGUUGACGAGCCAGACGGUCUGGUCGGGCUGCGAGACAGACAGGUGGUGAUGAAAGCAGUGGGACCUCCAUCUUCCACGUACAUCCCCCACAGGCUGAUGGACAAGAGUGUCACAGAGUUCUGCUCUGCAGAAGAGGAGAGCUUUGGAUGUUCUGAGGCUGAAAAAAACAUCUGUCAGAGAGACUGGAGAAUGAGAGAGGGACAUCAGAAGGCGGUCAGAUUUGUUGAGGAGUGUGACGGGAUGUCUCAGUCAUCAGUGAUGAGUUCAUCACAGGAGCUGACCUUAAACCACCGUGCUGAAGACAACUGGACCAGUGGGGUGAGUGUGGUGGUAGGCCGGGUGGCACAGGGUUUCCUGAGCUGUACAGCAGGGGCUCUGGGCAGUGACAGUGAGGAGGAGUGUCGCCCCCUGUUGGACACACAAAAAGACACACGUCUGGAGCAGCUGUUUAAGAGGUUUGCAGGUGUGCACAGUGAUAGUGAAGAGAGCACAGACUUCCACACCAUCAACCACACCUUCACUUCGCCCACAGCAGUCUCGGAGCUCAACGGUCAACACGCGGAGGAGGAGGGAGAAGAUAGUGCAGACUCACACUACACUCAGUCUCCAGGGGAACCUUCCAGCAUCUUCUACUCUCCCAAACUCAACCUGUACAACACUAAAAACGCUAAAGAGGAGCUAGCACAGAUGUCAAGUUCAGAGGAUGAUCCAGACGUGACGAUGGAGGUGUGUUGCCCCUGCACGCCCAUGGAGACCACAUUCAGAGAGUUCUGGUCUUCACCAGACGAACCUGAACUCACUGGAGCAGAAUCAGUGCCUCUGUCUGUGCACACCAACAGGAGCAGUCAUGGGGCAGAUAUAGCCGAUCUCUCCAGCAUUGGCUGUACACCUGCACACCUCCAGGAGUGGGUGGUGCAAAAUGGAGCUUCGCUCACUGCAUGCAGCACACGUAUCCCACCAUGCAACAGCACCCCACGUAACCCACAUGUACACACAGGACAAGGCUGUAGCGCCUCCUGCAGGAAGGUGUGUGUUCCCCCACACGUUCCUCCCCCGCAGUCUCCGUGGCCCAGCACAGAGUCUCUGUCCCACAGUGAGACCCACAACACACCCAGACUGCAGCGCACCGAGACGGUCAGCGCGCUCCACCAACACACAGACCAGCAGACUCACGCUCAGGGGGAUUCUGACACGCCUGGCUCUGGCAACCCAGAGUACACUACCACCAUCACAGAGUCCAGGCAGUGUGAGGGGAAGAAGAAGAGCCAGGACCACAGUCACACACCAGUUACAGUGUUACAGUGUGACACAAGAAGAGAGCGAUGUUCCUGCGAGACUGCCUGGUCUACUAAAAGAGCACACUCCACCCUGGAUGAGGUUCUGCAGGACUUUCAGGAGAACCCUGAGGCACAGAGAACCGUGACAGAAGCCUCAGCAAUUACAGAUGUGAGCGCAGGGUCGGAGGAGGGAGCGGAGCGAAAGUUUGGACAGAGUGAGAGUGCGGAGCGAGGGAUCCGGGAUCAGCUAGAGAGAAAGGAGGAGGUGAUGGAGGAGAGAAGAUGUUCUGGAGGAGACACUAUGUUCCUCUGGUCCACACCAAAGGAACAAACAUCCACCUCAGAUGUCAGGAACAGACCUGAGGGAGAUGUGGCACAUCACACUACCUGUGACUAACUGCAAAGCUUUAUCAUGUGAUAACAACAGUCCUCUGUUUUGCUGUAACUGUUCACCUGCAUCAGUCACCUCACCUGUCUCAGUGUCGACCUGUGAGAAAAGGAAUUAUGGGACCGGGGACUCUCUCUCUCUCUCUCU